UCGCGGGAGAUCUCUCGCUUUCGCUCCAAACAGUCUCUCUCCCUCUCUCUCUCUCUCCCGUUUCGCAGCGAGGCGGCCUCGGGUUGCGUGAGGCGCGAUGGCCAGCGGCGGCGGCCGGCGACGGAAGCCUGGCCGCGGGUCGCGGGCCAAGGUCAAGAAGACCAAGUAUCUGAGCCUGAGCAGGCACCUGAGUAAGGCGGAGGUGGAGACGCCGCAGCUGUCGCCGGAGGACGGUCCGGUGUCGCCGCCGUGGCAGGAGGCUGAAGUGAAGCGGGAGGACGGUGGGGAUGGAGCCAGGCAGCAGCACCUGGAGCCGUUCGCUCUGCAUCACGAGGCGUCCACCCUGUUCGCGGCCUCGCCGGCGCCGUCCCUCACCGACAUCCUCGGCGCCUCCGCCGGCGGUGACGAAUCGCCGUCGCCGUCCGCCUCGCCGGACGACGUCUCCGGAGGGACGGGGUUCCCGGGCGCGGAGGAGGACGACCUGGCGCGCCGCGCGCUCCGGGGCAGGGAGCGGUGGGUGUACUGCAGCAGCAGCUCCUCGCCGACGAACACGACAACCACCACGUCGUCGGCGUCCCCGUGCUCGUCCGCAGCGAGCACGGGCGCCUCAGCGCGGUCGCUUCUGCUGAAGCUGGACUACGGGGAGAUCCUGGCCGCCUGGGCGGGCCGCGGGUCGCUCUACAUCGGCGGCGGCGAGGACGACCACGCCACGCCGGAGCUGGAGCUCGACAACGUGUUCGUGGAGGUGGAGCCGUCUCAGCACACGGCGGCGGUGGCGUGCGCAUGGAGCGCGCCGGAGACAUCGGGGCCGGGGAGGGCGGAGCGGGUGCGGCGGUACAAGGAGAAGCGGCGGAGCCGGCUGUUCGCGAAGCGGAUCCGGUACGAGGUUCGCCGGGUCAAUGCCGUCAAGCGGCCGCGCUUCAAGGGCCGUUUCAUAAAGGAAAAUGAGGAAAGCGACCUCCAGCCUACAUAACCUUCUCUUGGCUUCUUCCGUUGCCACAAGGAUGGAUGCAUCUAUCAUCCUCGACUAGAUACCCAGUUAGUCGCCACGUUAUCAGAUCCAAAUUCAGCUGCUGCAUCAGGCUGCCACAGGCAGGUUGAAUUUGUUGCAAGCUUCGGGUGUAGAUGCAAUGUGGAAUGUCAUGUUUCAAAGGAUGAAAGUAACACAACUUGAGUGAAAUCGCGUCGUCUCCAGUGAUGGAAGCAACAGAACUUGAGCGAAUGAUGAAUCUGUUCAUCGGUGUUUCAUGUAAUUGUUCUCAGGUGGUCAGUUGCAGUUUGUGCUGUCGAAGAGGGGGAUGUUCAGUUGGUAACAACUCAACCUAGAAUUACCUCUCCGGAAGGACUAAAUUUGAACCUGAGACAUGUUUCUCGAGAUCUUUAUCACAGAAGAUGUCAUUCCGCCACACACAGAGAUUAAAAAAUUUCAGAUCAAGAUUUUUCAUUUCGCACCUGCAUUUCACUGAGAGUCUGUUUCUGUUUGUAACGCUGGAAUUUCACAAAAAUGUUGUAAGAUUUAGUGUAAGUGCUGUAUGGAUGUUGCAAAAUUGAUGAAUGCUGAUGUUGGGUGUCUCAAGCAUGGUUCA